CAAGGCAACAUUGUUUGACGAUCGUCUGUUUGGGUCGCUGUCAUUUCUUACUGGACAGCGGGCCUAUGCCAAAGUUUUCUAGAAAUACACACAUCAUUUGGUCCGUGAGUCAGGAAGGCCACUUCAAAGCAUAUAAAAGGGAGAUGAAACUGAACUUGUACGGGUAUAUUAGCAGUAGAAGGUUGAAUGACUUAUUGCACAUACAAGUAUUUGCAUUGAAUAGCAUUUAGAUUCAAAGAGCAUUGAAAAUAUCAACAGGCUAGAGGAGCAUCGGUCAUCAAGCUCUGCCAGAAAAGUGGAAAAAUGUUGAUCUUCACCCUAACGUUGCUGUAUACGCUGGCCUACAAUCUUCCUGGUGGAAGCGCACAACAAACGAAGUUAAAUGAAUUGUACCAGAAGAGAUUCUUCGGAGAGGGCACUUAUUACGGACAGUCAUAUAACCAGGCCAAGGAGACAUGCCAGCUGAGAUCUAUGUUGCCCGGAAAGCUCAGUGACUAUGGGAUAGACAGCACCGCGGCAAUAAACAUUGAGCAAUUCACAGGGUCACUCACAUGUGGAAUUUGUCUAAGAGUUACAGGUUCUGGGCAGGGACUAGGUUUAAAUCCACUUACAGGCACUUACCUUGUGUACGUGACAGACCUUUGUCCGUCUUGCAAGCAAGGUGACGUCGAUUUUGCCCUAGUUGGGGACGGCCGCUGGAACAUUGAUUUUACUGCUGUCCCGUGUCCUUUCAACGACAAUGUGUCCUACAGGUUCCAGGACAGCAGCCCCUGGUACAUUAAAAUUCAAGUUGGCAACACCAGACUUCCAGUCACCGGCAUGGCACUAUACAACGGAGCCUCUAAAGAGUACGUCCCGAUGAUGAGAACAAAUGACGGCUUCUGGAUCAUGAACCCAAGCAUCCUCAACCGUUACCAGCGUCCCAUACAGUACCCCCUCCGCGUCCAGUUGACUAGCGUCCGUGGAGAGGUGCUACAAGACACCGUGACUGGUAGCGCUAAAGGUGUAGUAUACACAGGAAGCGUCCAGUUCACUUCCCAAUAGACACUUGGUUUGUUUUAUGAAACCUUUGAAUAUUGAACACAGUAU